AUGGCCGCCGGGAGCAAAAACCGCGAACGAGCCGCCUUUGCUCUCAAUAUUCCGCACGCUGCCCACGGCCGCGGCGCCGCUGUUUACAUUCCGCACAGUAGCCGGCGCUGCCUGCCCUCGAGGGCCGCUCUCGGCUCAGCUGCCGUUCCUACUUCAGCCACGACACGCCUGCAUCGCCACCACAGAGCGGCAGUGGGCAUCGCCGCCCCGUGCCGCGCCAGAGAUUAUUUACGUCAUAAUCAGCAGCAGUUGGCCGCCUCUGCUACUGGCAGCGGUAUUCUUUACGAGCCAGCCGGCAGCCAGAGGCGAGUAUCACCUGAGUCAAUUGCGCUCGGUUCUGAAAUCGACUCUGCCAGUAGCCGUCGUGAACUCGUUCUUCUAGUGGGGCGCACAGUUGCAGACUGGCGCGGUUGGCAGCGACUGACCGCCGGCCCCCGCUGUGUUGCAGAGGUGCUGCUCGGGGGCGGCGAGGUGCCGCGGCUGCCGGGGGGCGGCGCGCUGGCGCACCACCACCCCCACCCGCCCCCGCCGCCCGUGCGCUGCACGCUGCGGAAGCACAAGCCCAACCGCAAGCCGCGCACGCCCUUCACGACGCAGCAGCUGCUGUCGCUCGAGAAGAAGUUCCGCGAGAAGCAGUACCUGUCCAUCGCCGAGCGCGCAGAGUUCUCCUCCUCGCUGCACCUCACCGAGACGCAGGUGAAGAUCUGGUUCCAGAACCGCAGGGCGAAGGCGAAGCGACUGCAGGAGGCGGAGAUCGAGAAGCUGCGGCUGUCGGCGCGGCCGCUGCUGCCUCCGUCGUUCGCGCUCUUCGGCCCUCCGCCCCCGCACGCGCCACACGCCCCGUUCUUCGCUGCGGCCGCGAUGGCGGCUGCGGCGGCGGCGGCCGGGGCCGGAGGCGGCGCCGGCGGGGGCGUCGCUGGGGGCGGCGCGAUGCUGCGGCCGCCGCACGCGCCCGGACUCGGGGGCGGCAUCUUCGGCACGCAGCCGCACUGA